ACUGAUCCCAGAGGGAGGAGGACGGUAGUGACGCGGCAUUUUCAAAACACAUCUUUCAUCCUUCCGCACUGAGAAGCAAAACUUCCAGCUUACUUAGUUUUUCUAAGUUCUAUCGAUUUAAUUUAACCUGAUUCAGUCCACCCAAUGCUUUUACUCACUGUAUGCGCAAACUGUCUAGUUAUGAUACCCAGUAACACUUCAACGAGUUACCAAUACAACUCAGACACAAUGAAUUUGUCUUGAAAGGUGCUAUAUAAAUAAAACUGUACUUUUAUUUACUUUCUUUACUCACUUUUUAUGUUAUUGCAAUAAUACUUUUUACACUUUUUUUUUUUUAACACAAAAGAAUUAUCCUCAUUCAAAAGUCAUGCAAGAACCUCACUGGCUUAGGAAUGUUGAUGUUAUUUAAAAAAUUCAUACAAAAACAUGACCUCAUUCAAAAAUGUCAUGUGACAACCUCAUUGGCUUAUGGAAUUCUGAUGUCACGGGCUUCUAAAGCUUUGAUCCUUUGAAGCUUUGAUCCUCAUGAAUCCUUAAAUAGGGGUGAGGAUGUACAACUUUUAGUCCGUUAUUUGCAGCACUUAUGUUAGCAGCGCUCAAACGUUCACCAGUAAAGCAUUUCGAAACAUUUGGAUCCCUUUCGUAGUCACGGUAUACAGACUCCAACAUGUCUCAGAAAAAGCAAGAAAGACAAGAAGCUGACCCCAGCUCUAUUCCAUGGUAUGAGUCCCUAGACCCUUAUAUGAGCUCUCUUCCUUGGGAUGAACAGGUAGAAUUAGAGGAAAAGCGAUUGGAAGAAAUGGAGAAUGAAAAUCUCAUGAACAGAGAAAAGAUUAAGAUCCUGACAGAAGAAAAUGAGAGAAAGAGCGCUGAAUUAGAAAAAUUAUCCUACCAGCUUCAGGAAAGGAAAAGUAUUAUUGAGGAGAAACAAUGGGCUCUCCAAGAUAAGAAGAAUCACAAGCUCCAAGAAAAGCUUGAUGGAGCUCUGGAAAAAAUUCAAGAUCUGCUCCAAAAGGAGAAAAAAGAGAGCAUUAAAGGGGAUAAAAUGCUCAAGAAGAAUCAGGAGCUCCAAGAAAAGCUUGAUGGAGCUCUGGAAAAAAUUCAAGAUCUGCUCCAAAAGGAGAAAAAAGAGAGCAUAAAACAGGAAAACAUGGUCAAGAAGAAUCAGGAGCUCCAAGAGAAGCUUGACGAAGCUCUGGAAAAACUGGAAGAAAUCCACCAAGAAGAGAAGCAACAGUCCACACAGCAGAGAGACCUGCAGAGCAAACUCCAAGCCAUGGAGGAAAAAUACAAAGCGCUGCAGGUGAAACGUGAUAAAACUCUGCACAAAAGUCAACAGUUGCUUCAAGACAAGAAGCAAAUGGAAAUGAAACAGAAAGAAAUGGACUCCAAGCUUGACGAGAUGGAGGAAAAACACAGAUUGCUCCAAAUCAAGCUUGAGAAAACAGUGCACAAAAACAAAGAGUUCAUUCAAGAGAGAGAGCAACAAGAAAUGCUCGAGAAAGAAACAGACUCCAAGCUUGAAGUCUUGGAGGAAAAACUGAAAAUGCUGCAAAUAACUCAUGAGGAAACACUGCUCAAAAAUAAAGAGAUGCUUCAUGAGAAAGACCAACAGAAAAUACAAAAGGAAGAAAUGGAUUGCAAGCUGAGGAACAUCGAGAAACAAAAUGAAGGCUUGCAAGUAAUGCUUGAUGAAGCUCUGGAGAGAAAUAAAGAGUUUCUUCACAAGAAAGACCAACAGAAAAUACAAAAGGAAGAAAUGGACUGCAAGCUGAGGUACAUCAAGAAACAGAAUGAAGGCUUGCAAGUAAUGCUUGAUGAAGCUCUGGAGAGAAAUAAAGAGUUUCUUCACAAGAUAGACCAACAGAAAAUACAAAAGGAAGAAAUGGAUUGCAAGCUGAGGAACAUCGAGAAGCAAAAUGAAGGCUUGCAAGUAAUGCUUGAAGAAGCUCUGGAGAGAAAUAAGGAGAUCCUCCAAGACAAGAAACAAGAGCCCGUAGAGCAGAGAGACCUGCAGAGCAAACUCCAAGCCAUGGAGGAAAAAUACAAAGCUCUGCAGGUGAAGCAUGACAAAACUCUGCGCAAAAGUCAACAGUUGCUUCAAGACAAGAAGCAAAUGGAAAUGAAACAGAAAGAAAUGGACUCCAAGCUUGACGAGAUGGAGGAAAAACACAGAUUGCUUCAAGUCAGGCUCGAUAAAAAAGUGCACAGAAAUAAAGAGUUCGUUCAAGAGAGAGAGCAACAAGGAAUGCUCGAGAAAGAAACGGACCGCAAGUUUGAAGUCUUGGAGGAAAAAUGCAAAAUACUCCAAAUAACUCUUGAGGAAACACUGCUCAAAAAUAAAGAGUUGCUUCACGAGAAAGACCAACAGAAAAUACAAAAGGAAGAAAUGGAUUGCAAGCUGAGGAACAUCGAGAAACAAAAUGAAGGCUUGCAAGUAAUACUCGAUGAAGCUCUGGAGAAAAAUAAAGAGAUCCUCCAAGACAAGAAACAAGAGCCCGUAGAGCAGAGAGACCUGCAGAGCAAACUCCAAGCCAUGGAGGAAAAAUACAAAGCUCUGCAGGUGAAGCAUGACAAAACUCUGCACAAAAGUCAACAGUUGCUUCAAGACAAGAAGCAAAUGGAAAUGAAACAGAAGGAAAUGGACUCCAAGCUUGACGAGAUGGAGGAAAAACACAGAUUGCUUCAAGUCAGGCUUGAUAAAAAAGUGCACAGAAAUAAAGAGUUCGUUCAAGAGAGAGAGCAACAAGGAAUGCUCGAGAAAGAAACGGACCGCAAGUUUGAAGUCUUGGAGGAAAAAUGCAAAAUGCUCCAAAUAACUCUUGAGGAAACACUGCUCAAAAAUAAAGAGUUGCUUCACGAGAAAGACCAACAGAAAAUACAAAAGGAAGAAAUGGAUUGCAAGCUGAGGAACAUCGAGAAGCAAAAUGAAGGCUUGCAAGUAAUGCUUGAAGAAGCUCUGGAGAGAAAUAAGGAGAUCCUCCAAGACAAGAAACAAGAGCCCGUAGAGCAGAGAGACCUGCAGAGCAAACUCCAAGCCAUGGAGGAAAAAUACAAAGCUCUGCAGGUGAAGCAUGACAAAACUCUGCGCAAAAGUCAACAGUUGCUUCAAGACAAGAAGCAAAUGGAGAUGAAACAGAAAGAAAUGGACUCCAAGCUUGACGAGAUGGAGGAAAAACACAGAUUGCUUCAAGUCAGGCUUGAUAAAAAGUGCACAGAAAUAAAGAGUUCGUUCAAGAGAGAGAGCAACAAGGAAUGCUCGAGAAAGAAACGGACCGCAAAUUUGAAGUCUUGGAGGAAAAAUGCAAAAUGCUCCAAAACUCUUGAGGAAACACUGCUCAAAAAUAAAGAGUUGCUUCACGAGAAAGACCAACAGAAAAUACAAAAGGAAGAAAUGGAUUGCAAGCUGAGGAACAUCGAGAAACAAAAUGAAGGCUUGCAAGUAAUACUCGAUGAAGCUCUGGAGAAAAAUAAAGAGAUCCUCCAAGACAAGAAACAAGAGCCCGUAGAGCAGAGAGACCUGCAGAGCAAACUCCAAGCCAUGGAGGAAAAAUACAAAGCUCUGCAGGUGAAGCAUGACAAAACUCUGCACAAAAGUCAACAGUUGCUUCAAGACAAGAAGCAAAUGGAAAUGAAACAGAAGGAAAUGGACUCCAAGCUUGACGAGAUGGAGGAAAAACACAGAUUGCUCCAAAUCAGGCUUGAUAAAAAAGUGCACGGAAAUAAAGAGGUGCUUCAAGAAAAAGACCAACAGAAAAUACAACAGGAAGAAGAAAAACUUAAUCUCCAGAAGAAAAAUCAAGCACUCCAAGAAUUGUAUAACGAAACGAAGUACAAAACAACUGUACUGGAAGGAGAAAAGAAACAACUGGAAAAACAAUGCUCAGCGAUGCAGAGUAGCAUCAAUGAGAUGCUGAGAAAAAAUAGCGAACUUGAGGAACUUUCUAAGAUCUUGAAGUACAAAAACACUGAAAUCCAGGUGCAAAAGCAAGAACAACAGAAAACACAUAAAGACCUGCAGUGUAGACUUCAAGAAAUCCAGAAGAGAAACCAGCAGCUGGAAGACAUGCACACAGAUGUGCACAAGGCAAAGGGAAUAGAGGAGGCAACAGUUAAAGAACUGAAAGACAAGCUUAAAGAAAAACAAGAACAAUUAGAAGACAUGGUGAAAAGAUGCAGCAAACUUGAGAAAGAAAACACAGAAACAAUGGAUGAGCUGAAAACCCUCAUCAUUGAGAAGAAAGUGCUCAUGGAAGAGUAUCUGAAAAAGAAGAAAAAACGCUUCCACUGGUUCUGGAGGAGGAACACUGCUGCUUCUCACCUGAUGUAACCUCGUCUUCCUCCACCUCUAUUCCAUCUUCAUUUCCCCCCUUCCCCUUCCCCUCCCUCCUUUUUCACCCUCACCCCCCGACCAGUCCCGGCAGUUGACUGCCCCCUCCUGAGCCUGGUUCUGCCAUAG